AGGAGGGCUUGGGGCAGGCUCUGCCACUCAGAUCAACAUGUACAGCUUCAUGGGUGGUGGCCUCUUCUGUGCCUGGGUGGGGACCAUCCUGCUGGUGGUGGCCACGGCGACAGACCACUGGAUGCAGUACCGGCUGUCGGGGGCCUUCGCUCACCAGGGCCUGUGGCGGUACUGCCUGGGCGGCAAGUGCUACCUGCAGACAGAGAGCGUCGCGUACUGGAAUGCCACCCGGGCCUUCAUGAUCCUGUCUGCCUUGUGCGCCACCUCCGGCAUCAUCAUGGGCAUCCUGGCCUUCGCUCAGCAGCCCACCUUCUCCCGCUUCUCCCGGCCCUUCUCUGCCGGCAUCAUAUUCUUCACCUCAACCCUUUUUGUCUUGUUGGCCUUGGCCAUUUACACUGGAGUCACCGUCAGCUUCCUCGGCCGCCGCUUCGGGGACUGGCGCUUUUCCUGGUCUUACAUCCUGGGCUGGGUGGCCCUGCUCAUGACCUUCUUCGCAGGGAUUUUCUACAUGUGCGCCUACCGGAUGCAUGAAUGUCGGCGCCUGUCCACUCCCCGCUGAGCCCCGAUGGAGCCCCCAACUUCAUCUGGAAGUUAGAAUGAGGUCACUGGAGAGCAGGGGGAGGGUCUAGGGGCCUGAAAUCCUGGUUCCUGGGGGCGUGAGGGGGCUCGGGCCUGGACUCUGGGUGCGAGCCCCUGACUCCUGUGUCCUGAGUGGGAAGGAGGGAGAACCGGGCCUGGCAGGAGGGGGCUAAGGAGACCCAAGUCCCCAUGUGCCAGGCAAGUUGUUAGAAAAAUGGAAUAUCCGUUAGAGAAAUGUUUUGGGGUCAAAUAAAACUGAUGCGAAACUA